AUGUGGGAGUUCAGAAACUGGGGGCUCCGUGCCUAUGCGCACGACACGCAGCACGAGAAGAUCAUCCGCGCCUGCGCCCUUGCAUUGGCUAUGAUGAUGUUCCGGAAGGAGGAGGAAGCAGAACCCUUGAUUCAGGAGAUGCUGCUGGACAAGGAUGCGAUUUUGCGCUACGGCGGCUGCUUUGCAAUCGCUCUGGCUUAUGUCGGCACCUCGCAGAAUGCCGCCAUCCGGAAGCUGCUCCACAUCUCGGUGUCAGAUGUUUCGGAUGACGUGCGCAGAGCCGCCGUGAUGGCGCUCGGCUUUGUGAUGUGCAACGUGCCAGAGCAGCUGCCGGGAGUGGUGAAACUCUUGGCCGAGAGCAAGCGCCCCAGCUCUCCGUUGCCGGCCUAG